AUGAACUGCCCUUCUAGAACUGACGACGAUAUCCUCUGGCAUCCCGGAUGGAAUCAGAACCCACCACGCUUUGCGCCCGAUCUCACAACCUGCGCCGAUCUCAACGGCAUUGCAAAUGCGAGGGAAUUGGGCGAGGCAGAUCGACUGUGCAACCCACAGAACCUCCGGCCCUGCAAUCCAUAUCAUGUCAAUGGCCAAGAGAUAGAAAAAGACAAGCCCAUAACCAUGGGCGAGGGUGCCAAAGGGUCCCCUAAAGGACCUUGCACCCGAACAACCUCGCAUGUGACCGAGUACCCAGCUGGCCUCACCGACACCAUCAUGGCCUGGGCCAAAUGGCUAGCCUCUGUGCUCUGCACCGCAGUCUUAAUUUCCCACGUUAGUGGCAAUGUAGCUGCCCCCAAAUUCCUGCUUUCUCAGGAAGCCUCGAUGCCACGGCUGCCGAGACGCAGCACUUGUGAAGAUGGCAAAGCGCAUCCCGACUACGAUCUACCUCUCCAUGUCGGCGGUCUCUUCAUCAUCCUGUUUGUAUCAGGAACGGGAUGUGCCUUUCCCAUGCUUGUGCUCAAGUUUCCGCGCCUGCGCAUCCCUCCAUCCUUCCUCUUUGGCGCCAAGCACUUCGGCACCGGUGUACUAGUCGCAACAGCCUUUGUGCACCUGCUUCCUACGGCCUUUGAUUCGCUGGGCGAUCCAUGUCUGUCGAGUUUCUGGACUACCGACUAUCAGGCCAUGCCCGGCGCCAUCAUGCUGGCUAGCGUCUUUUUUGUUACCUUGAUUGAAAUGAUAUUUUCUCCAGCGCGCCAUGUCUGCGGCGGAAAUGAGGGCGUGGCUGCUGUAUCGCGCCAAACCCAAGAGCCCAAGGCUGAGACGAAGCAGCAACCUGACACACCGCCGCCCGCCCUGGAACGCACUGAUUCCAACUCGAGCUUGCGCGUGCGCGAUCUCGGUGCCUUGAAAGGCAGAGUCGGAAGCAUCAGCAGAACACUGUCCCGAUACCGCGAAGACGGCCAGAGACUCGACGCAAUUGAAUCCGUCGAAGGAUCAGAAUCUGAAGAGGCAGCUGUUGCACACCGCAAGUUGGAGAGCGACGACCAUGUCACUCCACCAGACCAUGAAAAGGGCGAGCACGGACACCUUCUCUCGCCCGAGCAGAUUCACAGGAAAGCAAUUAUGCAGGUUUUUCUUCUGGAAAUGGGCAUCUUGUUCCACAGCAUCUUCAUUGGCAUGUCGCUUGCUGUGUCGGUGGGCAACGACUUUACCGUCUUGCUCAUCGCCAUUGUGUUCCACCAAACCUUUGAAGGUCUUGCACUUGGCGUGCGCAUUGCAGACGUCAAAUGGAAGCCCAAAGCCCUUCAGCCAUGGCUCAUGGCUCUCGCCUAUGGCUGCACCACUCCGGGCGGCAUGGCCAUUGGCAUCGCAACCCACACGCUGUACUCUCCCGAUUCAGAAAUCGGCCUCUUGGUCGUGGGCAUCAUGAACGCCAUUUCGGCGGGGUUCCUCGUCUAUGCGUCUCUGGUCGAACUCAUGUCGGAGGAUUUCCUCAGCGACGAGAGCUGGAAGGUGUUGACGGGCAAGCGCAGGGUGUAUGCUUGUCUGUUAGUGUUUGUAGGCGCCUUUUUGAUGAGUUUGGUGGGCGCCUGGGCGUAG